AUGGCUGACAGCCGAGAAGAGGAGAAAAAAGAGGGAGAGCAGGAGCUUCAGGGCGCCGUGGGUGGGGAAGGUACGUGAAGCCAUUUCUGCUCCAAUACGAGCUGAAGGCCCCACAACAGCCCAGAACAACAGUUUACGUUUAAUGUUUGACAAACAGACAAUGUUAAAAGUGAAAUCAGCUGCGAUGGAGAUGAUUCGGUGUCGCUAAAGUUUGAAUUGGUACGAAAAGCGCGUCCUUUUAGAGAAACAAGUUUUCUGGAGUCAACAGACCUCACAUAUCUUAAAGGGCUUUCCCACACAGCUGGUCCAGUCAGAAGUUUUAACUUCAAGAUCUUGAAUUGGAUCUGUUAUUAAAACGAUCUAAACCUACGUGCUGGUUUAACAUGCGACUUUUAUAGAUCCGCCGAGGCCUGAACUCUCAUCUGUCUGGCCUUUAAUGCUAAUGGUGAAAAAACAAGGUAAUAAAAGAAGCGGGUGCCUGUCUGAGUCAGGACAGAGUGAGUCACAGCAGGCCUACCUGGGCUGAGAGCCCCCCCCCAUUAAGAACAGGUAUGGCCAAAAUGUAAAACAGAAAGAGAGGAGGCUUUGUUUAACUUAAGUGUUUAGCUUUACAUGAUGUUUUACUAGAGUAUUUUACCAUCCAAGUCAGCACAUAUGUCAACUUUACAGCAUACAAAAAACACAUAAAAAUUUCAUAGUAGUAUGGGCUACAGUAAAAGAUAUUCUGCAGGGUUAAAUACCGAUGAAACAGUUUAGUGAAUGCAUUGAAAUACAGUGAGAAGGUGCCAUUAUGCUCAUUAAAAGCAGCUCAAUGAAUGAAUGAAACUCAGAAUGCCCUUAGGCACAGUGAAAUAAAGCAGUCAAAUUAAAACAGCCUCAUGUGGCCACUGUGAGCAGUAUUAAGUGCCGGGUUCAAUGAGGAAAUUGGUUAGCCAUGAAAGUCCAACAAAAACACCAGAGCAGAGAAGGAUGGUAAAGAGACAGAAAGGUUCUGAAUUUUACACUAAUUUGCAUGCUAAAUUUCACUGAAAAUGAGAGAGAGAGUCUAUUCCUGAAGAUGCACUUGUAAAAAUAUUCUGUGAUUUUGUACAUCACCUGUGAAAUUUAACCAGCCUGUUUUUUUUAGCCCAAAGCUGUGAAUGAAAGGAAAUAUUUUUUUAUGAGAAGAGCAUUUUGUUAAUGUUUGAUGUAUUCAAACUAAAACAUUACGUGCAUGGUCAGUUUAAAGAAGGUGUUGGAAUAACAUGAUAGUUAUAUGCUGAUACCCUGUUGUGAGGGAAUGUAAAAUAGAUGCAGUUCCAUUAGUGUCCACUUGAGGCUGGCUGUUAAAGCCAUGAACUCUCCAUUUAGACCCAUAUUAAAAGCCUGUUAUACGGCUUGAAUAACCAUGCUUACAGCACAGUCUAAAAACAAUAUCAGGUGUGUGGCUCGCCUGCUUAUUUGCUCACACUGCUCAUAUUUGUUAAGGUAUUGUUAGUAGGAAUAGUUGUACAUAAAUUUGACUUAAUAGGGGGAAGACUGUGUUUCAGGGCAGGUUGGCAGAGUGGAGCUGUUUGCAAAGAGGUGCAUCUUAGCUCCACCUUUUUGCUUGUGUCAGAGGGUUUGUAAUAGAAAAAGAUGUUACCCCUUUGUUUUUUUACUAACCAUAUUUCCUUAAACCUGAGCCAGGGACAGGUACAAGGAGGAAGGAAAAGACAGCUGUGGUGAUUAGACGAUUGGAGUAAAAUUGUUGGAGUUACAGGUCAUAAUUCAAGCGCACAAAAGAGUUUUUUCACUGUAUUUUACCUCCUGUCUUGUACUGUGAAUGUUAGUGUUGGCUCUCUCUUACUAUCAGCUUGUGAUGUUUGAAGUGCUAAUGAACACACUCCAUUGUAACAGAUUCAUUGUUACUGUCGAUGUAAAUCAUUCUGAAUCUUGGCAGUGGAGAAAUUCCUGGUCAAGUCAUUCAAUCAGCAACCAUCCUAAGUGUGGAGGAGUGUGUUUAGACAGCAGAGCGCAGUAAGAAAACUUUGGACAACUGCAGCCAAUCAGACAGAAAGGAGGCUUUGCAUCUAAAUAUAACCAAAUAAACUUAACAAAUAGAGGGAGAUAGAUGUAACCAGCUUCACAUAAAGGCCUGGUGUCCUCUGUACUGUCUUCUUGGUAUCGCAGUGUGAAUUAGUUUACAAGAUAUACUGUAUAACUUUCCUGUUCAGACUGAAAGGUUUGGACAGCUACUCUUUAUUCUGAAAGAAAACCAAAUCAGGAAUUGAAAAACAGUGAAUCAGAACGGUCCAUGUGAAAGGAGAGUUUCAGCUCUUCUAUGUAAUAUUUUUUUUUUUUAACAAACCAAAUACUUGAAACUUAAACAGCUUACCUUUCCAGUCAUGUAACUUUUUUCUAGUUUCCUCAUGCAGGAGUCAGAAAUGUGACAUAAAGGUGUUAUUUAAUCUUCUUAUUUCUUCAGAUGUGGUUGAUGAUCCCAUCCUGGAGCAGGGGGCAGUGGUCCUCAGAGGGUAAGUUUCAUGUGUUUCUUGUUUGAGACAAAGUUUUUCUUCAUGACUUUAAUAAUGGUUCAUCAGAAGUUCAGAGCACAGAUCUCAGGUUAUGCUAAAACCUUCUUCACAGUAAAGCUAUUUGUUUUAAUGAUUUAUUCCAAUCUACCAGUUUUUUUUCAUUUUUUUUUAAAGAUAGGUGCACUUUUUUUAAUCUUUUUUACAGAUACCUGGAAAUAAUACAUCCAUGUCUGUUUGUCUAUUAACAGUUUUUUGAUAAUGUAAUCUACACUUCUCUGUGUAUACUGCAAAGACGUGCCUUAAGAGGUUUUAAGAAAGUGAAGGAGGAGACUAAUCAUGGUUCUCAUGGUAUGCACAUGUCCUAGGUAUGUGAUUGAACGCAUUAACAAUGAGGAGCCCAGUCGACAUGUGUCCUCUGAGGAUCUGGGAGGACAGUCCAACGAACAACAGGAUCCACAAGUCAAAGAAGUGGUGGAGCAGCUGCUCAAGAUCGCAGACGAGUUGAACAGGAACGCAGAGCUGCAACGGUAAGCUGUGCAUCAACAUGAGGACCAAAUCAGCCUGCAGAGGUCUGAACUCCUGCAGGACUUGAAGUUAGAUGUUGUCAUUGUGUGGACAGGUACAUCUCCUUGAUUUAAGCUUUAUGUCAUAAGUCCUCAAUAACUGCUCAGUAACUGUAGUACUGCCUGAGGACUACGUUCUGCUGCUGUCGAGGUGUUCACAGUUGAAUGUGGACAGACUGAGCAGAAAGUUAGAAAAGAAACUAAAAGGUUAACUCUGAGUUUUUAGCGUGACAACGGUGGCUCACUUCCUUCUUGGGUACAUCACCGUGGUUACCUCAACCGCUUCAAAAUAGGUUAUGUUCCAGACAACAGAGCUCACUGACCAAUGAAAUCCCUUGAUCAUGAGGGUGUGAUGUGUGUGUGUGUGUUAGGGGACUUCGCUGGGGUCACAGACAAACGUUUUUCAUAGACAUCGAAACCUGUUAGUUACGAAAUUUAAGUUAACUCUAGACUUUUAUAAAAAAAAAUGUGCACAUUUAUAAAAUUUUGGUUCUUGUCCUAUAUUUAAGAGAUUUAUUUUAGGCUUUUUGCCUUUAUUCGGAGUUACUUAAAUGUGCUUGCUCUACUUCUUUAGAAGUUAGAUAUCACACACACACACACACACACACACACACACACACACACACACACACACACACACACACACACACACACACACAGCUGCACCUGCCCUCUUUGAAAAUAUAUAACAGCUUGACCCCUUUUCUGCUUCUCCUUCCUCUUAACAGCAAAACUGUUGCUAAUAAACUAUUUGAAUAAGUAAAGGAAACACUUAGAUCAGAGAGCUUAGGUCGUGAUUUGUGUCAUAUUCUAGUUGAAAGUCAUUAUUAAUGACAUUGUGUAAUUUUUGGAGAACAAUAAUAAGUAAGAACGAUCAGUGGAAACCAAAAUCAUGAACCUGCUGAGGACUGGAUUCAAAAUUAAAGUGACAAAAUUAGACCACAGGCAGAUCCAGGUCUGUGGAUUUUCUGAAGACCUCUCAGAAUGUGGCUCAGGAGUGUGUAUGGCCUCCAUGUGUCUGUAUGCACUUUCACAUUCACUAGGCAUGCUCCUGAUGAAACUACGGAUGAUCUCCCAGAGGAUUUCCUCCUAGCCCUGGAUCAAGCAUUAGUCAGCCCCUGGUGGCGGUAGAGGCCAUGAUACAUGAUGUCUCAGAGGUGCUGGGUUGGAUUCAGGUCUAGGGUACUGGCGAGCCAGCCAACUAUAUCAAUGCCUCCAUCCUCCAGGAAGUGCUGACACACUCCAGUCACAUGAGGCCGGCUAUUGUCCAAACCAGAUGGAACCCAGAACCCACUGUAUCAGCAUAUGGUCUGACAAUGGGUAUAAGGAUCUCAUCCUGGUACCUAACAGCAGUCCAGAUGUCUGAAUAGCACAUAGAGGUCUGUUGCUGCCCUGUAAGGAUAUGCCUCCUCAGACCAUCGCUGACUCACCACCAAACUGCUGAUGCUGGAGCAGUAGCGGUUCUAGGCACGGGCGAACAGGGCAGCCGCCCGGGGCGGCAUUUGUGUCAUGACUCAUGGGGGGCGGCACGAGCACUUCCAAAAAAAUAAAACAAAAGAUAAUAAUAAUAAAUCUUAACCGCAAAGCGGUUUUGUAUUAACUUUUGUUGUCAAAUUGGCGCCCCCCGCUGCUGUAGGCGCCCCUGUUUGCUCCGAAGGUGCUGCACAGAGGCUGAGAGACUGUGUGAGACGAGGCGGGGAGAGAGUCGCGGGGGGACAGCUCUGCUCUGUGUACGCAUGUCAGCAUAUCAGCGGGAGCGCGGACACGUCAUUUUGUAGUUUUUUAAUCAUUUCUGGAGUCGCGGUGAAUGAAUUCACCGUGCCCGUCUGCCUUUGAUAGGCGAAUAAAGCGCUCGGGUUCAUGCUCGGAUCUUGCUACGUGCUUGAUGAGCUUCGUGAGUAAAGUAAACAAUGACUGAGGCAGAGAGCAGCUUCAGAGGAGAAACAUCCAGCAGUGUGAACAACCUCUUCAUAUUAAGUGCUUUGGUUCACACUAUCAGCGUUUUCUCUGAGUGUUGCAUGACUUUGGGUGAGAACAGAGAUGAACACACUGUCAGCCACGUAUUUAUUUAUUCAUUUUUUAGUUUUUAGUUCUGCUUUUGUACUGGCACUAUACUGGGGCAGCUGUAUACCCUUUCAACACCUUAUUUUCUAUAUUUACAUUUGUAUUGAAUGGACACUUUAUCAUGACUGCCACUUGUUUUACAGAAAGCAAAUUAUUUGUCAUUCUCCAGUGCAGAGCCUUUACUUUUAUUUAUACAGCCGCUUUAUUUCAUUUGAGUUUGUUUGUUCAAGGUUUUCAAAAAUGUGAUGAAGGUUUGCAAAACUAAAAGAGAGCUUUCUUGAAAGCCACACGUAUAAGCUCUCAAAUACUGUUUGAAUUUUGUUUCUAUCUACUACAGAGGCCGAGAUAGCAGCUUUUUUGUAAACCUCGACACUUCAGAAAACCUCAGGAUCGUUUGUGUUUUUUUCUAUUGAAGGAUUUCUGCAAUUGAGAAAUAUAUUAUUUUUGUUGUUAUAAUAAUAAUAAUAAUACAUAGUAAUACAAAACUAUCUGUUCAAAAUUCUAUCUUUUUGUGUUUGUGUGUGUGUGUGUGUGUGUGUGUGUGUGUGUGGUGGUGGGGGGAGGGGGGGGAGGCGCACCUGGAGGGGUGCUCGCCCGGGGAGUAAUUUGGUCUAGAACCGCUACUGUGCUGGAGAAUGUUUCAGGCAGUAGAACUUUCUCCAGAACAUCUCCAGACUCUCUCACGUCUGUCACAUGUGGUCAGUGUGAACUUGCUCUCACCUGUGACAAGAACAGGGUGCCAACGGCCCUGUUUCUGACUGAUUGGUCGGAAACAUGCACACGAGUGACCUGCUGGAGGUCAUUUUAUAGAACUGUGGCAGUGACUAAAGAAAGGUGCAGGACAUAAGAAAUUGAUUCCACCAUACUCGUAUAUAUAUAUUUUUAACCAAUGCCAUGACUCCAUGACUAUUAUAUCUCCAAAGUUACUUAUGUCUGAUAUCUGUUAAACUGUAUUUUUAUCCUGCAUUACAUCCUGCUCCAUAUCUGACCAAGAUGUCUUGUUUCUACCUGUAUGUGAGAAAGCUGCACUCCUUUGGUCUCUGAAUGGUGUGGGGAAUCUGGUCUUUUCACAAAUAAUUGACUAGUAUUGGCAUUAAAACAGGAGUCAGAGGAAAAAUCAUAAAGUCUUAUUAGGGUAUUUGAAGAGAUGUGCAACUGAAUAAAAAGCAGAUUGUGAGGGUUUAAAUCCCAGAUUGGUAGACUGUUGUGAAUACUAUCAGUCAAAGAAUCGAUGGGACUAUCAUCUGUAAUCACUUAAAAAAUCCAAAACACAUCUCAUGAAAACUUUUCAGAGCAUGUAAUCCAGUUUUAAUAUUUAAAGCUGUUGUUUUUUUUCACACAGACUGAUCAACCAGGUACCAGGCAACUGUGCUCAGGACAUCUUCAUGAAGGUGGCCAGAAAUAUCUUCGCUGAUGGCAUCAACUGGGGCCGAGUGGUGGCGCUGUUCCAUUUAGCUUACAGACUCAUUUACAAGGUAAUACAAUGGAUAUGCUAUCUAAAAGAGCAGUCUGAACAGGACUGCUUUUAGAGAGAAGACAGAUAUAAUAGUACUCUGAAAUUAGUUUGAAAGUAGAAACGAGUACUCGAUGAUGAAAAAAAUAGUGUGGCAGUAUGGUUAUUUUACUAACCACUGAAGGCUGAGUAAAGAAAAGUGACAGUGAUUACAGAGACAGUAGUAUUUACUGUUACACUGACAAAGACACCAUCAGUUAGACUGGACCAGAGGAAACACAUAACUCUAUUUCAUUUACUGUGGUUUGUACUCGAUGGAGGCUUUAAUUUAGCACUGACACACUAAUGUUUGUCCACAAACAACUUUAAUCUGCUUAACUUGCUUGCUCUCCUCUCUACACAAACUCAGUAUGCUCCUCUCACACAGCAGUUUGUCCCUCCCUGCCUCUCCUUUUGUUUUUUAAAGAACACAAGUCAAGUUUAAAAAAUUUCACUCACAUUGCCAUCCUGACAACAUGUGAUCUGUGCAUUGACAAGGCUUGUUGUUAAUCAGUAUAUCUUUGCCUUUAUCUGUAGCGAAAGCAGGUUGAGAGCAGGUGUGUGUCAGUAAAACAGAGGGACAGAGUGAGCAUGGGGAGUAUAGUUGUAGUUGCACUCAACUGGACUUCCAGACACACAUUUUUUUUCACUGCCAGGAUUUCAGCACCCACAUUGAGUUUAUUUUUAUUAUUGAUCCAUGUCCAGGUUAUAAUGGGAUAUCACUCAGAUGAUAAAUGAAAUAAUAAAGUGGGGGUUUGAACCCUGAUCCUUCAGAGUAAAAAAUUACUUGACUGAACCAUAAAUUUCCUGAACGCAGGCAAGUCAAUUAAUAUCUAAAGAGAUAACAAAUGCAACUUGGAUUUAUAAGGAGAAAAAACAAAGCCUUAAGAAAUGACCAUAAGAGCGUGCGUACCUCGUCUGUGCACCUGGCACUGGUCCCAAACCAUAGUGUGUGUGCGUGUGACAUCAAUGCUAUGCUGUUGCAGAUUCAGUGUAAAAGUAGAAAGGUGUUGUGAAACAGAGCUUCAUUUGGGCUCUGCUGCAGAUUGGCAGUGUACAAGGGGCUUGGCUUUCUGCUGGAAACUUUGGUGGAUUCAAACAACUACAAAAUUUAGAGUUUAAGCCCAUAUACAACCUGGACUGGUUUAAAGUUUAAUCUAGAGGCUUCUUCAGUUCUACACUGACAGUCUCUUAAGGCCACUGGUAUGCUUUGGUCAACUAUAUGUCCUCUAUGAUCAAUAAGAAGGGACUGUGAGCUGAGCUGCUAAUUUUGAUUUGAUUUUUGUUUUAAAGGCAAUAACUACUGACCACCUGGAGAACAUCAGAACGAUCAUCAGCUGGGUUCUCCAGGUCAUCAGGGAACAACUCUACAGCUGGCUCGUACAGCAGGGAGGCUGGGUGAGUGAGGAAACAUGCAUAAAGAGCUUUCAGACGGUGUCACUGAUUUAAAAUAUGUAUGUAACCAGGAUUGAAUGGUAACUGUCUACUGUGAUUCCACUGUACAGAAGAAAACAUUAAUUUUCAAAGUGGUCGAGGAAGCAGAACUGAAGGACUUUCAGUCUCAAAGCUAGAAUACUGAUGGUUCUGACAUGAAUUCAAAUAUUUAAAUAAUAUCAAUUUGUUUUUCUAAGACUAACAAUAGAAACAAGUUUGUUUAAAGACAGAAACAGCAGGCACUGCUGUAGCUUCCAUCUUGCACUAGGAUAAUGUAUCGGGGAACAGUACCCUCUGCUGGUGGGACACAGAAUUUAGCCAUGACUCUCCCACAUGCACUAACACUUGCACUUCACAGUGUUUUUCUUCAUCUGUUUUUCAUAAAGGAAAGAACAAAUAUAAUUAACUGCUUUUACUGACUUGGUUACUGACUUAAAUUUGACCAAAUUUUGAGCAAUGGGAGGCAUUUGUGCCCCAACUGAGACAUGCAUACUACAGUCAUCAUGCACUAACAUCAUCACCAGUGGAGAAGUAAAUUAAUUCUGGAAACUCCCCCAAAUACACAAUGUUUCAUCCUUUGAGUAGGACUUUAACAUGCAAUAAACAGCACCUUCAGGCAUAAUCAUGACUAUUGGUAUUUCUGCUCACUAAUGGGAGCCUUACCUCUUAGACUCAAACAUUAAUAACACAAAACUAUCACAUGGUACAAGAAUUUGAAAGGUACAGUGCAGUCUCUUGAUUACUUGCUUUACUUUUUGCUACUCCUACUAUGAUCAAGGAAAUCAACAUGAAAUUUUUUCUGCUCAGGCCUUUGGCUCUGCAUGGCACUGAAGGUCUGUCUCCUUACUGAAGUACUCUUCAAGCAAAAAGAAAAGUAGAAUAUUGAACAUUAAAUCAAGAGGAAACUCGACAGUGAGACACCUGAGAACCCUGCUGCACACUUACAUGUUGUCUCAUCUGUAGGAUCCAAAGCUCAGACUCUGCUCUCUCUUUCCAGGCGGGGGUGAUCCGUGGCAUUUCUCGCUGGAGGACAGUAGCCAUAGUAGCAUCUGUAGUUUUGGUGGCGACUAUUGUUUACUACAGGAAGACUCGCUGA